UGCUGACACACCGGUUUGUGUAACAAAAUAACCUCAAAAUAACUAUUAUUAAUAACAUUUUUGUAAUGAGUAAGAGACUGUACGUCCGGGAGGAAAUGAACAACGAAGUAUUAAUAAAAGAAGUUGAAAUCCGUGCGCCUUUGUACGAUAGAAGUUUGGCAGCAUACAAUGAUGUUCACCUAAAGUCACUGCUAUGGGAAGAGAUCGCAGAGAAGUUGUUCCCUCAUACAUGGGAAAAAAUGAAUGCAGAUCAGAAGGAAAAAGCUGCGAGAGACGUUCAAAAACGUUGGAAGAACUUACGAGCAUGCUUCACAAGAGAACUCCGGCACCAAAAAAAUAUCGUAACCAAACGCCGCAAAUACGUCUACUACGACAAACUUCUCUUCCUCUCCCCAACCAUUGAACAACUUGAAUUAUCCUCUAGAACAGAAGACAACGAAGAAGAUUACAGAAUAGAAGAAGAAGAAUACGACAUAAAAGAAGAUACAAUAAAUAUCCCAAUUAAUAUACCAAAUUACCAAAGAAGUAAUAGUAGAAAAAGAAACCAUGAUGGUUCUUCUUUUAUGGAGUUUAUCCAAGAUAGACAGAGUAAUCCGGAUUCUGAUACUAGUUUUGCCUUAUCAAUAGUGCCUAUGUUAAAAGCAGUGCCUUUUCGUGACAAAAUUGAUGCGCAAAUGGCCAUUUUGAAAGUAUUAAAGAACUUCGUACAGUAUGAAGAAAGCUCAAGAGGUACUACUUAUAAUGACUCGAUUAAAAUUGAGAGAAUUGAAGACGAUUAUGAUGAUUAA